GAGUAGUAACACUGCCCGCGGGGACUUGGAUUGUUCAGGCUUCACGUUAAACAGCUAUGGUAUCCCACAAUGCACCGAGCGGGCUAAGGUCCUCAGGAAUGAGGCGCAUGCUGCCGGAGCAGACACGUGACUGUACUCGCAGAGUCUCCAGCCAUGCCCAAGUCUAAGAGGGAUAAGAAGGUUUCCUUAACCAAAACAGCCAAGAAAGGACUCGAGGUGAAGCAGAAUCUCAUAGAAGAGCUGCGGAAAUGCGUGGACACCUACAAGUACAUCUUUGUGCUCUCUGUGGAGAAUAUGAGGAACAACAAACUGAAGGACGUCCGAAACGCGUGGAAGCACAGCAGGUUAUUCUUUGGGAAGAACAAGGUGAUGAUGGUGGCGCUGGGGAAAGGUGUCAGUGAUGAAUACAAGGAUAAUUUACACAAGCUGAGCAAGUGCCUGAAAGGGGAGGUUGGACUCCUGUUCACUAACCGGACAGAGAAAGAAGUGGAAGAGUGGUUUGAUCAGUACAAGGAAACUGAUUUUGCCAGAGCUGGAAAAAAAGCCACAUACUCGGUGGUACUGGAUGCCGGGCCUCUGGAUCAGUUCACUCACUCAAUGGAACCACAGUUACGGCAACUGGGACUCCCCACUGCUCUGAAAAAAGGAGUCAUCACGUUACUGUCAGACUAUGACGUGUGUAAAGAGGGGGACGUAUUAACACCAGAACAAGCCAGGAUUUUGAAAUUAUUCGGCUUCCAAAUGGCCGAGUUUAAAGUCUCCAUCAAAUCCAUAUGGACUGCAGAAACAGGCGAGUUCCAGAAAUUUGGAGAUGAGACGGAGGAGAAGAGUGAAGAGGAAGACAUGGAUGAGGAGGAAGGGGAUAAUGAUGAUUAACAACACUCUCUUUACCCCCCGGCUGGAAUUUGUGAGAUUAGGUCCGGUUCUGGUUCAGGACACUUAUCCCGCUCUGGGUCUGCUGAUACUGACAGCCAAUCCUAUAACAGGAUGUUACUGUGUUUUAACAGAUGAAAUUUUGCCCUAAAAUGUAUUACAAUGGGCGGCGGCUCCCACUGACUGGCAGUUUGUUUUGAUUAAGGUCAUCGGGCCCUCGGUCACAAGGAUUAGAGCCACUCUCUGAGCUGCAUUUUAGGAAUAAAAUCAUGUGAUCUGGUUACAGAACAAGUUUGUUUUUGUUAAAUCCAUCUCCCUGCACCCCUAGUGCGCCCUGCAGAAAAAAGAUUUUGGGUGCCCCCCCUCCCCCUUGUUUUGGAACAACAUAAACCAGGAUUGAUAUUUAAAGGGGACCUUAAACCCUCUUUGUUUAACCACAUUAUAACCUUAUUAAGGGUUAAGGCAGUGAUCCUCAACCAGUAGCUCGUGAGUAACAUGUUGCUCCCCAACCCCUUGGAUGUUGCUCCCAGUGGCCUCAAAAGCAGGAACUUAUUUUUGAAUUCUAGUCUUGGAGACAUAUAAAAACCAGAUGUACUGUCAAACAGAGUCUCAAUGUAGGUUGACAAUCCACAUAGGGCUACUACAUGGCCAAUCACAGCCCUUAUUUGGUACCCCAGGAACAUUUUGCAUGGUAGUGUUGCUCCCCAACUCCUUUUACUUCUGAAUGUUGCUCACGGGUUCAAAAGGUUGGGGAUCCCUGGGUUAAGGCAUAUGCUGGCAGCUUUAGUCCAGCCACUUCAGGGUUAAAUUCUUAAAGCAAUAUUGUACAAUAACACGCGCAGAUCUGUGUUUUUGGGCUGAUGUCAUUGCAUAUGUUCCGGGGGAUUAUAUUAAACUGUUUUGUACAGA